CUGACAGGUAACAGAUUUCUGACUUCUUUUUUAAAAGUGGGAGGAUUUUCUUCCUAAUUAGAUUUAUUUAGUAGUUUCCUCAUCUUUUUGCUAAGACAGAUUACUCAGUAACAUGCAGUGCAAUACGUUUUACAACCCCGUAAUGUUAGUGUCAAGAUUUUUAUUAGUUGUCCUUUGUUGCUGUUAUCUCUUUUGUCCUUGUCUAACGUGCGAAGGCGAUGCAAAAUUCCCCUUCGACAACCAAAUAGAAGAAAUUAAUGCAACUAUUCCAAACAUUUUUUUGUGUCGAAUGUGUGGCCUUUCUCAGGAUGAUGGGGGAUCAUUUUUAGACACUGCCAGUCCAUUUAGUUUGAGUGUGAGAAACGAAACCAUUGUUUAUGAGCAAAGAGCCACCAAAGUUGUGAAAACCGUACCUGUGCAAAAAUUGAAAAACCCAGCGGGCAAUGUUUUUGAUGUAGUCACUUUGAAAAAUUCUUCUUGUAAAGGAGUUGGCAAGUGGGUCUCAGAUUCUACUUGGUUCCCUGGAUACAGUUGGAAAGCCUGUGUUUGCAACAAGUGCGGUCGUCAUUUGGGGUGGUAUGUUUACACUGAAAAAUGUUUCAAUGUCUACCUUGACUAAAAUUAUUUUCUUUGUUGCAGGAUGUUUGAAGUCAAUUCAGCAGUUAAAGGAUCUUUACCUACCCAACCUACCAAAACUGGUUUCUAUGCCUUGAUUCGUGAUUAUAUUUUAACAGAGUCAGUUGCCCAGACAUUGACGUACGUGCCAAAAAUCUUCAGAGAAUAGUUUAAAAUGGAGUUGACGGAAGAGCAAAAGUGUUUUCUGGCCGAAUGCGAAGAAGAGUUUUCCCAGCGCUACACAGAGAACGACGCCGAAUUCAUGAAGCUGAAGAAUAAACCAUUGUCUAAUCCGCCUAUUGUGGAUCCGUGGGGUAACAAUUUCAAUCGCAAUCAACAGAGGGGAGAGAUGGACCGGGGAGGUGGAUACAGGGGACAGCGCCGUCCUUACGGUCGGCGUCAAAGAGAUUAUCGUGACUCUUAUUCCCGUCAUGACUCACGACAGUCGAGAGAUAGACAUUACGAUGACCGAAGUCAUCAUCGAGAUCGAUCGUACGAAGACCGCGGGCAGGACAGGACGGGACAAAAUCGUGGUAAUGUUCAUCAUGACAGAGAAGACGGGCACCACCAACCCCGCUAUCAUCCCUACUAAUUUUUUUUUUCUCAUUACCCCACGGUAUUGACAAUAAAUCAAAUGAUGGAUUCCUUGUCUCUUCAAAUUAAACAUUGCAUCAUUCCGUCACAUCCCGUGCCUAUUUUUUUCGUUCAAAUUGCUAUUCUAGUCCAUGACUUCUACCCUAGGUAGCGACCUAAUAGAGAAUGGAACAGGAAAGUGUGUUUGGUUCCAACUUUCAUUUCCCCUUUCCCUCAUAAUGGGGACAGGGUCUCCAUAGCAACGGCCUUAAGUAGUUCAAUGUGCACACAGAAUCAACCAAUUUUUUGUUGUUUGUGGGAAUGCAAUUUUUUGUUGUUGCCAUUAAUCUUUUGUUUGUGUGUUCUUGACCGUAGGUAUAUCCUUGUCCGUCCCAGUAUGUCUAUUUGGUUAGAAAAGUGGAUGUUGCAUGGAACGGAGAGUUAUGUACUAGAACCGGAAGAAGCCCCACUCCUCCCAUCGGCUUGACUUUAGUCGCGGUCUAAUACUCGGUAAAAAUGAGCCUUUCUAAUUAUAUGUAGCGCGAGAAAGAAAAAAGAAACAGCAAUUCAACUUGGGUGUUACGUGUAGUAGAAUCGGACUUUGUCGGGAGUUUAAAAGCGGUAACCACCAGUUGGAAAAUGAAAAUUGGGAGUCGAACGGUUGUUAAAAAAAAAGUAAAAAGGUCAGGAGGAACGUUAUAAGUAAUUUUCUUGUUGUAGGUUUCGAGCGAGUGACUCCAAGGUCAGCUGUUUGAAGGAACAAAGGGCUAUAUGUUAUAGGCUAGCACAUACCGUCUUUUAUAUUACUUUUCAGAAGAAAGAAACGCAUCCGCGCUCCUCCCCUAACACUGCCCCGGGAUAUUCUUGUAGUUCACCUGCAACUGGACAUUUUAGGUUCAUCCAACUGCGAAGAUGGCUUUAUAUGGAUAUCGGAUUGCCCUUUCUUUCCGUUUGGAUGCCAACCACAUCCAAGUCAGUUCACAAUAUUUUUAGAGUGAAAUCCUUCAAAGGCGUUUUCCAUUGCCCACAAUCACUCACUCAGUCUGAUAUUUAAUAACUUUGCUUGACGCUUCCCCUAUUAACAUGAUUUAAUACAUUACAGAGUAUGCAAAUAACGGUUCUUUAAAUCGAAUCUUGACCAGAGGAAUCCGAUAAUAGGUUGUCGUAAGUAUAUCGCAGCAUAUUUUCUUAAUUCCGUUCUAUAGUUGCCAACGAGCAAAUGGCGUGAUGGCGUGCAAUUUCUUUUGACGUCGUGAUCAUGUUUCGUGUUGUAGUGCAGACGGAAGCGGAAUGAAACUCGCCUUACUCGAUGCAAUUUCCCCCCUGAUGGACAUAGGUCAUCCGCAAUAACACACACUCUGCAGAGGGGCUUUAUAUAUAGUAUACCAUCAACGAUCGUUACGUCCUUCCGCACUAUACCCGGUAAAAACCAUCGUCUAUUUCUCAUCUGCAUUAUCAAGUUCCCGCCGAAUUUACGACAUUUACGCAAUCGAUGUCACCGCUCUAAUGACACGCUGGCGUUUUAGACGAGCACUAUUCUACAAAUGAGACCAAUUAUCCAAAAUUAGUAGCGAUGCGCAUUUUUUGGCUAAAUAUGACCUGUCAACAUUUAAACAUAAUUCAGUCAAGCGCUCUCCCAACGUUUUUUUCUUAAGCAAACGUUGAGCGGCCUCCCAAAAAGCGUGACGUCAACUGCUUCUUGGCAAUAGUUGAGACGUUGUUAAAUUGGAGGUUUGAUCAAAUUCUAUGAUUCUUUCACACGCUAUUCUAGCGUGCGAAAGUCAGUUCUCCUGUUUGUCGGCGAAAGAUGUUUACCUUUUCGUUUGGGGUUCACGCAAACACGGUUGCCACUAGCCCGGCCGACGCUUCACUCGCUGCACGCGGGAACUUUCGCACUGCGAAGACCCCUCUCAAUAAAAAGGUAAACAUGUCGACUCCUACGGAAGGUACUGCUGUUAAGGUUAACCACCAGCGCCAAAAACAAAAUGAAAUUAUUCAACCAUUACUUACCGAUCUGUACCAGCUCACCAUGGCGUACGCGUACUGGAAAUCGGGGAAAGUGGAAGACACAGCGGUCUUUGAUCUGUUUUUCAGGAAAAACCCGUUCUCUGGGGAAUUCACAAUAUUUGCUGGUCUCGAAGAAUGCAUAAAGUUUCUAUAUAACUUUCGCUAUAGUGACAGUGAUAUAGCUUAUCUCAAGCAAAUCCUGCCUCCCUACAUUGAGGAAGAGUUCUUUCGUUAUUUGAAGGACCUUACGGUAGAAGAUGUGACUCUCUUUGCCAUUCCUGAAGGUUCAGUCGUGUUUCCCAGAGUUCCCUUGUUGAGGGUCGAAGGGCCACUUAUUGUAGUCCAGCUGUUAGAAACAACAUUUCUGAAUUUGAUCAACUACUCUAGCUUAAUUGCCACCAAUGCUGCAAGAUUUCGAAUGGCAGCAGGAAAGAGGAUUAAACUUCUUGAAUUUGGUUUACGUAGAGCCCAAGGUCCUGAUGGAGGGCUUUCUGCAUCCAAAUAUGCUUAUCUAGGUGGUUUCGACGGCACUAGCAAUGUUUUGGCUGGUAAACUGUUUCACAUACCAGUCAAAGGAACUCAUGCUCAUGCAUACAUUAGUUCUUUCUCUACACUAGCUGAUUUAAAAACUCGCGAUUUGGCGGUGCAGAAUGAAAAUGGUUCAGAUUUGAUAGAGAGUCGCGAUUUUGUGGAGGCGUGUACAAGGCGGCGCGAUCAGUUGGCUGCACUGCUCGGUAUUCUGUUGCAGGAAGCUAACGACGGGGAAUUGGCAGCUUUUAUUUCCUACGCCAUGGCAUUCCCUGAUGGUUUCACAGCCCUAGUCGACACUUAUGAAGUUCUCAGUUGGAGCGGAGAAACCCCUAGUCAGCGCUAUGUAUCGGAGCCACGUCUCCAUUACAGAAGUGGAUUACUGAAUUUCUGUGCAGUGGCUGUGGCAUUGAGCGAUUUUGGCUACAGACCCAUUGGAAUUCGGCUGGACUCGGGUGACCUAGCCUAUCUUUCGAACCGAGCCCGUGAUGCCUUCCGGAAAAUCGCCGAAGAAUUGGCCAUUCCUUGGUUUUCUCAGUUGUCCAUCGUUGCUAGUAAUGACAUCAAUGAAGAAACCAUACUGAGUUUAAACGAUCAGCAUCAUCAGAUUGAUUGUUUUGGUAUUGGAACUCAUCUCGUGACUUGCCAAAAGCAACCUGCUCUUGGCUGUGUUUAUAAGCUUGUAGAGAUCAACAAACAGCCCAAGAUCAAAUUAUCAGAGGAUCUCGAAAAGGUGACCAUUCCAGGACGUAAAGACAUCUAUCGCCUUUACGGAUCAGAUGGUCACGCUUUGAUAGAUUUAAUGCAGAAACAUGGUGAACCUCCACCAUUGGCUGGCAAUCGAGUUCUUUGCCGCCACCCUUUCCUGGAAUCAAAGCGAGCCUACGUCAGUCCUGCUCGGGUUGAGCCGUUGCUGCAUAUCUACUGGCAGAACGGUACAUGUUCUCAGCCCUUGCCAUCCAUGGAACAAUUACGUCAUCGUGUUCAACACCAGCUAGGAACUAUCCGCCAAGAUCACAAGAGAAAUUUGAAUCCCACUCCCUACAAAGUGAGCGUCUCGGAUUCGCUCUAUUCUUACCUCCACAAAUUGUGGUUGCAAAACGCACCGAUUGGGGAGCUAUCGUGAAAUAUGUAUCCUCUCAUCGUGUAACACAAUGAACAAGUAUUCGUUGCUAGCUAAUUAAUGACAGACUGGACUAAUGCCCUGUUUUCCUUAGCGCGCGUCACAGAUGCGCAUCUCAUAUAUUUUUUUUUUGUCUCUAGUCCUCGUAGGGGUUUCAAAUUCAAAUGGGGGUUUAUCUUUAAGUCUUUGUUGGAUUAUCCAGAUCGCAACCUGCACAUCGACUGCCAUUCUUGUGGUGGUAGUACAUUGUUGUUGUUUUUUUCGGUGUGUGAAUCUGCAUGUUAGUCUGGGACUGGAUAAGCAAGGGCCAAGGCUGUCACGAAUCAAAUCAGGCCACUUUGUUCAACGGUUUGCAGUACUAAAUUUUGUUGUUUUACUUUAAUAUACAGAUUUGUUCAUUUUCACGCGUUGCUCUUACGCCGUUAAAAGCAAUCGGACAGAGAUGUUUAUGUGUCCCACAAAGAUGCCCUGUUGUCGUCUUUUUCUGUCGAUAUCCGACUUGAUUAUAUACCAGCAUUCUCCUCUGAACGAAUCUUUAACGGUUUCGUCUACGUUGAAUAAAACAUAUUAGAUAAGCGCA